GUGAUCCCUCCUGUUUCUAUAUUCAUCACUUUGGAACCUACCAUUGUAUCACUCACCUUCCACAUCACCUCCAUCCACGCAAAGACACUGCACUCCUAUGUCCUGUCCCACCUCCAAAAUGCCCCCAAACCCAUUUUUGCUGCAUUUACGACAUUUUUCAUUGAGCUCAUUCCACCUUUGUGGCUUCAUUGUGUGCGCUGCCACAAGGACUAUGUGGAGGUCAAGAACAACAACAGGAGUUGUCUGGUGUCACAUGAUGACAAGAGUGCUGAGGUCAAGCACAUUAGAAGGAUUGCGAGAAGUGGCAGGCUUAUGAUCGAUCCUGGAACAACAUAUGAGAUGCUGUGGAGAUGCUGCGGUAAACUCACCGAGGGAGACAGGGACCAGGGACCACUUGAUGGCUUAUGCUAUGAGCGCAAGCAUAUGGUGUGUACUCUAAUCUUUCCUCAUAUUUCUUCACAACAUUUUGAUCAUCUCCUGCUGCAAACUAACAUAAAGUGUGCCCACUUCCACACUGACUCGACUCCCCAAGAUGACAAGCUCACCUUGUGCAUCUGGCUUAAUUGCCAUGAUGUCCACAACCAGCUCCCGUGCACGAACCUGCAUAAGCAAAAGUGCAGCGUAAACCUCCGGAAGCCCAGCAUCGAUAAAGAUGUGAGUGAAGGCAAACCUGAUAGUGGGGCAGACUAUGCAAAGAGCAAAGAAAAGACGGCAAGCAAGGGCAAGGGCAAGGCAAAGGUGAAGGCCGCUGCUACAGAGGAUGAGCAUAUGGACGUGGAUGUCAUGGCACAUCGAUGGCUGCAAGGUGCUAGCCAUGCUCAUGACCUGCACAAAAAUAUAAAAAGGGGCUUUGCCACAAAGGGCUUGGCCAAUCGGCGUACAGUGACACGCAGCCUGCCAGAAAGGGGCUCAAAGGGCCCUUAG